AUGGCAGCUCACAUCCCAUCUACGGGCAAAGCCCAAGUUCGUGCUCUCCUCGGUCUCCUCAAUACAGCGGUAGAGGAAGCGAUCGCGGAAUACGACAAGCAGGGACUCGAUGUCCCCUCUAUAGAUCAUGGAUACGCACACCCUAUGGAUGGACGGCUACCGUCGCUCAAGUUCAAGCACGCGAUUCGUACUCUCGAAGGAGCAUGCGGGCAAAUAUGCGCAACGCUCGCCCAACCCAGUCACACAAUGGUUAAUUACAGCAUGAACGCCUUUGUGCCGGCAGCCAUUAACGCAGCGAUCAGGGCGGAUAUCGCUGAACGCUUAUCCAAGCAUCCCAACGGGCUUCAUGUCAAUGACCUUGCCAAGGAGACUUCUAUACACCCCCAGAAGCUUGGAACGCUUAUGCGGCUUCUCGUUACGAAUCACUGUUUCCGGGAAGUUUCGUCCAAUGUCUUCGCCAACAACCGUUUGUCCUUGACAAUGUCACCCAAUAAUGGUAAUAAGGUCUGCGAUAUCCUUGAAUUGAAGUCAGGAGAGAUGCAUCGUAAAGCCACUAUGUGGUUGUAUGAAGCUCUUACAGACCCUGACUUUGGGCCGACGUACAAUGCGACCCGCUCCCCCCUGAUGUACGCCCUCGGCAAAGAAGGCUACAGCGGGACUCUAUAUGAAUACUUGAAUACGCAGGUAAGCUAUAGCUUCGCGAACGCCAUGGUUGGAUACAGAAGCGCCACAGGACAUCUGAAUCUCCUGAAUGUUUUCCCUUGGGGAACACUCCCUCCCAGCACUAGCGUAUGCGACUUGGGCUCGGGUAAUGGGAAUAUCUCCAUUGAGAUAUCGAAGCACUUCCCCCAGUUAAAAAUAACCCUCCAAGACCUUCCGGAGACUAUUCGAGAAGCACGGAAGGCAGGUCCUCCAAGUACGGAAUAUCCUGAAGCAAUCAACGAGGGGCGGGUGACGUUCACACCCUUAGAUUUCUUCAAGGAAUCUCCCGUUCCGGGACAAGACAUAUACUAUCUCAGCCAAAUCUUUCACAAUUGGGGAGAUGAACACAGUCUGACACUUCUGAAGAACAUCCGACGCGUAAUGGUACCUGGGAGUCGGAUGUUGAUUGAUGACUAUCUAGCCGUUCAUCUUGACCCUGCCUCCAUCGAGAAGCAGCACACAUCCAUGUCACGGGCGCCCCGCCCCUUGAGCCCGGGAUUCGGUCAAGGACAAUCCAGAACGUACACUCAGGAUUUCUGCAUGUUGAUUAUGUGCAACGCAAGGGAACGCUCCCUCGAAGAUUUCAUAGAACUUUGCGCCGCAGCAGAUCUAAAAUUCGUGAGGGUAUGGGACUUGGCCGAAACUUGUCUUACAGAGUUUAUCGCGGCCUAG